AUGAUCCUCGGGAAAUUGGCCUUACGACAGAGCCGAUUGACUUCGCUUUCCGGGGCCGCAAGAAAUUUCGCCAGAGCAAUCACCUCCGAGCAGAAUGGAAGUACCAACACGGGGCCAGAGGUGACUCCUGGAGAGGGAAGGGUCGGCAUCUCCCAAUCCUCAGAUCCAACACAGUCCAGUAGUGCCACCGGCCCGGCCAGUGACAAAUUAGAGGGUCAAAGUCAAGCCUUCACCAGAUCCCAAGAAUACGAGAAUUUCAAGCAAUUCCAAAACACCACAGGAAAACUCGGCUCCAUCCCCGGCCGGAUCUACAGACCGCACAUCGCCGUCAACCACCCCCCAGGACCGCGAGACAUAACCCUCGAGCUCUUCAUGGCCUCGGGCGCACACCUCGGCCACCUGACCUCCCUCUGGAACCCGGGCAACGCGCGCUAUAUCCAUGGCAUCCGUGACAACAUCCACAUCAUAUCCCUGGAAACCAUAGCAGCGCACCUCCGACGGGCGGCCAGGGUCGUCGAGGGGAUCACGCGCGCCGGUGGGUUCAUAGUCUUCAUCGGGACGCGCGAGGGGCAGGAACGCUGCGUCAUAAACGCAGCCAAGAUGUGCGGUGGGGCACACGUGUUCGAUUGGUGGAUCGCGGGGACUAUAACUAAUGCUCAUAAUCUGCUGCGGAAGAGGAAGGUUGUCGAGCGGGAUAUGGCGGAUCGCGUCGUCUCGCUGAAGCCUAUCGAUGAUGGCAGGGUCGUCGUGCCGGACCUUGUGGUCGUGCUGAAUCCCAUGGAGAAUUCGGUUGCCUUGCAUGAGUGUGCACUUGCUGGGGUGCCGACUAUUGGGAUUGUGGAUACGGAUAUGGAUCCGCUUAGGGUUACGUAUCCGAUUCCUUGCAAUGAUGAUAGUUUGAGGGCUGGAGGCAGAGUUGGAGUCUGUGCAGGUUAG